UCUUUCAUUAGCCUAUUACGACAUACACCUAAAAUCGGCAGAGUUCCGAAUUUCCUUAAGGGAUGGCGCAAGAAGAAUUGAGGCAAAUCCCAGCAAGCUGACAGUGAUAUGGUAUCAUAUUUAAAAACAACAUCAGGCAUGGAGAACUACACAAGGGGAGAGACGAGAGAAGUUGAAAUGGAGCCUGUGUUUGAGAUUGACAAGGAUUGUGUGGAUAUGAAGGUUAAUGCUGGCAGCAAAAUCAGAAACCUGAUGGGAUAUGCCAUGAACAAAGUCAAGAAUCCUUCAGUGAAGAAAAUUGUUUGGAAUGGAUCGGGCAAGGCUAUAACCAAAACAGUCACCUGUGCAGAAAUCAUGAAAAGGAAGAUUAAGGACCUUCACCAGAUCACCAAGCUCAGAAACAGAAGAAUUGAAGAGUACUGGGAACCUAAUAUUGAAGGGCUGGAAAGAUUGAAAGUCAAUAGAGACAUUUCUGCCAUUUCCAUUUUGUUGUCUAAAGACCCUCUGGAUGCCAACACUCCUGGGUAUCAAGCCCCUGGAUCGUUUGAGGAGUUUUGGAAAUCUGAACUACAGCAGCAGAAGCCAUCCAAGAGGAAACACCGAAAGUACUAUACCAAAAAAGACUUUGAAAAAAAUCGUAACACGGAAACCCCCAGGAGUUGAUGAACUCUGAUUGGCUUUUAAGGAGGGAGAAUUUCCUGGUUUCAUAUUGUAUUCACAAAUACAAUGCUGCUAUUCAUGUUUAAAAGCAAUAUGAUCAUAAUUCUUGCAGUAUUACAUAUGUAGUCUUCAUGUGUUUAAUAUUGAGGUAAUGGAUUAGGAUUGUGAUGGAGUUGUUAGAAUUAUUGACAGUUUAAAGAUUUAGGGUAUUAUGUACAUGUACCUAAUACACUACAGGAAUCCUGAGAUAUGACUUCUUACUUGUUAGUUCACGAUUUUGUACAGUGAAUAUAAAAUCUGGGACAAUUUA